CCUGUUUUUGGUAAAACUGUCCCACGUUUGGGUCGUUUUUAAACGGACGGACUGAGAUCCACUGAAGAAGCGGUUUUUGGCGGGAAACAGAAACAGCGGGAAUAAAUCGGGCGCGCGCAGCUUUAGAGGUUUACCACAGGCAGACCAUGUUUUUAUGACCACUGACCAUGAGUGUCAACGGAGAGAGUGUGGAAGAGGGAACCUGCCUCUCUGGAGAGAAUGACGAGGGUGGUGCUGUUCACUCGGAGACCAAGAGAGCAGCAUCUCCUGUUCCUAGCUGUGCAUCCAUGAAGAGUGACCACUCCAUAUAUGAGCCUCCAGCUUUUAAUGAUGGAGCAAAACGCUCAAGGUUGAAGACACAAAGAAAUGCAUCACCAGUAACUAGUUGUGUGUCCAUGAAGAGUGACCACUCCAUGUUUGAGCCUCCUGCUUUCAGUGUCGGUAGAAAACGCCCUAGGUCGGAGAACCAGCAAACAGCAGCUGCGGUUCCUAGCUGUGUGUCCAUGAAGAGUAACCACUCUAUGUUUGAGCCUCCGGCUUUUCGGGAUAAAGCAAAACGACCGAGGUUUGACAACAAACAGGAGAAAACGGCAUCUUCAGAGCUCAGCUGUGUGUCUAUGAAGAGCAGCCACUCCAUGUUUGAGCCUCCUGCUUUCAGUAAUAGACCAAAACAUUUCACGCCGGAGAACCAGCAAACAGCAGCUGCGGUUCCUAGCUGUGUGUCCAUGAAGAGUAACCACUCUAUGUUUGAGCCUCCGGCUUUUAGGGAUAAAGCAAAACGACCGAGGUUUGACACCAAACAACAGAGAAGAGCAUCUUCAGAGCUCAGCUGUGUGUCUAUGAAGAGCAGCCACUCCAUGUUUGAGCCUCCUGCUUUCAGUAAUGAACCAAAACGUUCCAUAUAUGGACUCUGUGGUCAGAUUCCUAAAGAUCCAGCCUCUAGCAGCUGUGGACACUCUUUCUGCACCCAGUGUAUCAGCAGAUAUUGGGACCAGUCAGGUUCAUCCGGAAACUCUGAUUGUCCUCAGUGCAGAAGGAGAUCUGGAACAGCACCUUCUUUACAGCCAUCCACAAACAUAGAUUCAAUGGAGCAUAAACAACCAGGUGAAGAUAUUCUGCAGAAGGUCUUGAUGAAUCACAAAGCCAGUAUGAAGAGCAAAUAUGAGUGCUUAUUUGAGGGAAUCCCAACGCACGAAAACAGAACACUCUUAAACAGCAUUUAUACACAGCUCUACAUCAUAGAGGGAGAGAGUGAAGGGGUGAAUGAAGAACAUGAAGUCUUGCAGGUUCAGAACAUGUUCCAGGGUUGCAACAAAGGCAUCCCAGUCAGCUACAGUGACCUCUUCAGACCCUUACCAGAACAAAGUCUUGAGAAAGAACAUGAAAGAAGUGGACUAGAAGAGAGAAAGUUUAAAACAGUGCUCACUAAAGGCAUCGCUGGCAUCGGAAAAACAGUCUCAGUUCAAAAGUUCGUUCUUGACUGGGCUGAAGGAAAAGCCAAUCAGGAUAUAGAUUUCAUGUUUAUGCUUCCAUUUCGUGAGCUGAACUUGAUCAAGGAUGACCAGUAUAGUCUUCAUGGACUUCUUUGUGUUUUCCAUCCAGAGCUUAAAGAACUUGAUCCAAAGGUGUACGAUCUGUGCAAAAUCAUGUUCAUACUAGAUGGCCUGGAUGAAAGCAGAAUUUCACUCAACAUCACAGCAUCAUCACAGAGUAAGAUCAUUUCUGAUGUGACCAAGAAAACAUCAGUAGGCGUGUUGAUGACCAACAUCAUCAAAGGAGAGCUGCUUCCCUCUGCUCUCAUCUGGAUCACCUCCCGCCCAGCGGCAGCCAGUCAGAUCCCCUCCCGGUAUGUCAGCCGUGUGACGGAAAUUCAGGGGUUCAGUGACCCUCAGAAAGAAGAGUACUUCAAGAAGAGGAUCCGUGAUCCAUAUCAGGCAAGCAGAGUCUUCUCACAGAUUACGAAAGCAAAGACCCUGUACAUAAUGUGCCACAUACCAAUCUUCUGUUGGAUUUCAUCCAUAGUGAUCCAGCAGAUCCUGGAGCAAGAUACUUGUGGAGAAAUUCCAACAACUCUGACUGAAAUGUACAUACAUUUCAUGCUAAUCCAGACAAAAACAAAGAACCUGAAGUAUCAUGUAAAAGAUGAUGAUCUGUGGACAAGGGAAAAAGAGAUGAUCCUAAAACUUGCUGAACUGGCUUUCAAACAGCUGAUCAAGGGCAAUAUCCUGUUCUAUGUAGAGGACCUGAGAGAAUGUGGCAUUGAUGUCACUGAGGCGUCUGUGUACUCUGGAGUUUGCACUGAAAUCUUCAAGGAGGAGUCUGUGCUGUACCAGAAGAAGGUCUUCUGCUUUGUGCAUUUGAGCUUUCAAGAGUUUUUUGCUGCUCUUUUUGGAUUUCAAGCCUGUGUGGAGAAGAAUGCUGAGGUAGUGAAGAUGUUCAAGAGUCGAAGUUCAAAACCUUAUGGGACAUUUGUGGAUCAAUUUAUGAAGUCUGCAAUAGAUAAAGCUUUGGCUAGUAAGACUGGACACCUGGAUCUCUUCCUCCGCUUCCUAUGUGGCAUCUCGCUGGAAUCCAAUAGGGAUCUCUUGAAUCACAUACUGUCCUACAAAUAUGAAAUGUCAGAGCAGUUUCAGGAGAGUAUUCGGCGUGUCAGACAGAAGCAUCCAAAGAACGUCAGUGCUGAUAGAUGGAUCAAUUUCUUACAUUGCUUCAGCGAAAUGAAGGAUACCUCUUUUCAGACAGAAGCCAAGACUUUGUUGAACGCUAAGAAAUGCGUCACGGGAUGGGAUUGCACAAGAAUAGCUCACACAUUACAGACGUCCAAGGAAGUACUGGAUGAGUUUGGCCCGAGGAAAUACAAAGCAUCAGAUGCAAGUUAUAGAAGAAUGAUCCCUGUUGUGAGGAACUGCAAAAAGGCUUUACUGGCAAACAUGAAGCUCACAAAUCAGGACUAUGAAAUAGUUAUCUCAGCUCUGCAGUCAUCAAACUCAGUUCUGAUAGAGCUGGAUCUGAGUUACAAUGACAUCCAGGAUUCAGGGGUGAAGCAGCUCUGUGCUUGUCUGAGGAAUCAACACUGUAAACUGGAGACACUGAGGUUGGUUACGUGUAAUCUCACUAAGCAAACCUGUGAAUACUUAGCACUUGCUCUGCAGUCUGCAAAUUCAGCCCUAAAAGAGCUAGAUCUGAGUCAGAAUGACCUGGAGGACUCAGGAGUCAAACUGCUUUCUGGAGGACUGGAAAGUCCUCACUGUCAACUGGAGAUAUUGAGGCUGUCUCGUUGUUUGGUCACAGAGGAAGGCUGCGCUUCUCUGGCUUCAGCUCUGAGUUCAAACCCAUCUCACCUGAGAGAGCUGGAUCUGAGUUACAACCACCCAGAAGAGUCAGGAAUGAAGCUGCUCUGGGCUAAAGUGGACGACCCAAACUAUAAACUGGACGCACUGAACUUUAACUAUAGAGGGGUGUCCAGAAUGAAACCAGGAGUAAGAAAAUAUGCCUGCCAGCUCACUGUAAAUCUAAAUACUAUUCACAAUACACUGAUCCUGAGCGAGGAGAACAGAAAGGUGACAUUUGUGUUGGACGAGAAGACGAAGCAGGUCUACCCAUAUCAUCCAGAGCGAUGUGAAUACCCCCAGCUGCUGUGCAGAGAGGGUCUCACUGGACGCUGUUACUGGGAGGCUGAGUGGAGUGGCUGGAGAGCUGGUAUAGCAGUAGCCUAUAAAAAAACCAUCAGACAAUUUGGAAAUGAUGAAAAUUCAUGGGGCCUCUUUGCCUUCAAUCAGAAAUAUUAUUUCCACCACAAAGACAAGAAGAAGUUCCUACCUGCCCCUCGUUCUCGCAGCAACAGAGUAGGUGUGUAUCUGGACGGGCCGGCUGGUACAUUGUCCUUUUACAGCGUCCUCACUGACGGAAGCACGCUGAGCCACCUGCACACAGUCCAGUGCAGGUUCGCUGGGCCCCUUUACGCAGGCAUUUAUGUUUAUGACGCAUCAGUGUCUUUGUGUCAUAUAUGAAGAUCUGCAGUUGGCAUAAUGCAGUGGAAACACUGCUGUCCUUCACAUGGGACAUGGGUUCGAACCCCCAUCCCGGCAAGAACACCAAAAUUUAAAAAAAGUCUGUAACAAUGUUUACAAAAGACUACUGUGUUGCAUAAGUGUAUUUUACAUUUAUGGCAUUUGGCAGACGCUCUUAUCCAGAGCGACUUACAAUUUGAGCAUUUAUACAGAUGCAGGCAAUGGUAGUGUAGCCUUGCCCAAGGACUCUUAUUGGUGAAGUGUAGGGUACUUGCCCAGGUGGGGAUUGAACCCCAGUCUACAGUGUAGAGGGCAGAGGUGUUACCCACUACACUACACCAGCCACCAACCAAACUGUAUUUAAUGUUACAUGCAGGCUUUCUCUCUGUCCGUUCUCAUUCGAGUCAUUCAAUUUUUGGAGGUAAAUCAGCGCUAAGUGACCAGCAGGACUGCUAAUGUCUAAUGAAAGUAAUUAAACACACUAAUUAGCUAGCAUUAACCAAGUUCUGCUUCUUAAUCCUAUAUAAAUAAAUGUUUUCAUGUCAUAUGGUUUGAUGGAUAUGUUUGCUGGUAACGUAGCUACUUACUUCUUAGCCAAAUUGUGUUGCAAUUAAGCAAUAGAACCCGAGAGGGAGUGUGUUAUCGCGAAAUAACAUCACAACUGUGAUUCGGUCG